AUGAUCUUCUCAUAUCUCAGUAUCCUGGCGGCAGCCGGCGGUGCGCUGGCUGUCACGCCGCCGGGCUUCUCCCCAGGCGUCCAGGCUCCUCUGUUCGUCUUGUACUCUGACAGCAUCGCCGCCCUAAACGGCGCCACCAUGUCAAAGAUGGUGACGGCAAAGGAGCCUUUUGUCGGCACGGAGAAGAAGCUGACGGGCAAGUCGUACGCGGUCAUAAUGGUCGACAUGGACGUCCCAACGUCGCAGCCACCCAAGACCAGGAGUCUGCUCCACUGGAUGCAGACCGACCUGGUGCCCGUCGACCAGCCCACCACCAUCAACACCACAGCGGGGACGACGACCGUCUACCCGGUGUCCAACCUGAAGCGUGUGAUCGCAGCGGCUCCCUACUUUGGACCGGACCCGCCCGCCCGCGUGCCGCUGAACCACCGGUACACCCAGGUCUUGAUCGACACCAGCAACGUCGGCCAGGAGCAGAUGCGCAUCCUCUCAAAGGCCGCAACGAAGCGGGAGGACUUUAACGUGGCCGAGGUCCUCUCGGCUGCCAACAUACCUACCGACAAGAUUGUGGCCGGCAACUUCUUCCAGGUCACGAACAACGGGCCAGCACAGACCGGUGGCUACCCUAGCACCCCGAAGCCGGGUUCUUGCCCAUCAUCGCCGCCGUCGUCAAACGCAACCAAGCCUAUGCCACAGCCCGCACCACAGCCCAAGCCCCCUGCCCCUGCCCCGGUCCCCAUGCCUGCCCCUGGCAUGAGACCCAACGCCACCAGGACCAACACCACCAUGCCCAGGCCCGCCGCACCCGGCAAUGGAACUAGCCCAGCGAUGCCCAAGUCACCAGCACCGGGUAACGGCACAAACCCGGCGAUGCCCAAGUCGCCGGCACCGGGCAACGGAACCAACCCGGCGAUGCCCAAGUCACCAGCACCGGGUAACGGCACAAACCCGGCGAUGCCCAAGUCACCAGCACCCGGCAACGGCACUAACCCCACGGCGCCCAAGCCCGGACCCCUCAACCCGGCGGUUCCCAAGUCACCAGUGCCCGGCAACGGCACCAAACCCAUGCCGGGUCUAGGAAGCAACGGCACCAUGCCCAAGCCCGGCAUGAGCCCACAGCCUGCGAUCCCGCCGGUGAACGCCAAGGCGAGCUCACUGAGCGCGGCUGCUUCGGUUCUGUUGGCCUCGGUGGCUUUCUGCAUCUUGUUGUAA